AUGGAAUUCAUGGAUGUCGAAGGCUUCAAGUUCCAAGAUGAAAACGGAAGCUUUGUGUACAGGGAAGCAGUGCUUCAACUGGUUCAUCCUGAGCGAAAUACGCUUUCAGUGCAGUUUGGUGAUCUCUUUUCGUUCAGCAAUACUCUCGCAUCAGCUCUCGAACUGCAAUUUUACCGGUAA